AUGUCGUAUAAUUAUCGCUACAAAAACGAGUGGAACUUCGAUGCCCUUGAAGUCUAUGUUGGGAGUCUAGCAAAACAUGAGAAUAACUUCCCUGAGAUCAUCAGACGAAUGGCUACAUUGGCAUUAGAACUGCCUAAUUUAAUAAAGAAGGCCAUUCCUCUGUUGAGACAGAAUCGGAACCACUCCAUAACCCUCUCUCAGGUCCAGAUUUCUUGCCUGCUGGCCAAUGCCUUCUUCUGCACUUUCCCUCAUAGGAACAGCACUCAGCCAAACUCUGAGUAUUCGAAUUUCCCCACCAUCAACUUUAGCAGCCUGUUUGGAAAUGCUUCAAAGCAAAAGACAGAGAAGCUGAGAGCCAUCUUCCACUACUUCAGUACUGUGACAGCUCCAGACGCAAAUUUGAAAGGUCUCGUGACUUUUGAGAGACGUUGCCUGGCAGACCCCCCUAACUGGAGAGAGGAAAAAGAUGAGCUCACAAGACUAUACAUCUCUCCUGACGGCUCCAUUGAGAGAGAAGGUGACGGCAUGCUUCAGGUGGACUUCGCCUCUAAGUUUGUAGGUGGCGGGGUGCUUGGGAAGGGUUUGGUCCAAGAAGAGAUCCUUUUCCUCAUGAACCCUGAACUGAUUGUCUCCAGACUCUUCACUGAGAAGCUGAAUGACAACGAAUGCCUCAAAAUCACUGGGGCCCAGAUAUACAGCUGCUACUCUGGCUAUAGUGAUGCCUUUGAAUGGAGGGGUCCAUACAGUGAUGAAAGCGAAAGGGAUGAGUGGAGGAGGAGACGUCGACAAAUCAUUGCUAUUGAUGCUCUGCACUUCAAAAACCACACAGACCAAUACAAUGAGGGCUCUAUAAAACGUGAGCUUAACAAGGCUUACUGUGGGUUCAGAGAAAAUGACGUUCAUCCUGACUACCUUCCCUCCAUCGCAACAGGCAAUUGGGGCUGUGGGGCCUUCAAUGGUGACUACAAACUCAAAGCUCUAAUCCAGAUGAUGGCGGCUGCUGUGGUGAAGAGAGAUUUGGCCUACUUCACGUUUGGGAACCGCAAUCAAGCGGAGCAGAUCCGAAAAAUGCACCAACAUCUGACUGAUCACAGAGUCACAGUUGAUUGA